AGGGAGUGAUCAAUCGCUAAUGCGAGUGGAUUGACCUAACAUAUAUAACUGGAGAGAUGAUGCUGUCUAAACUUACAGCGUUCCAUUUUUGGACAGUUCUUGUUGUCUUUGUCACAACUUAUAAGAUGAACAUCAAUGCUCAGCAGCACAAUAGAUGUGAACCAAUAGUAAUACCUUUGUGUAAAGAUGUCCCAUAUAAUGAGACGAUAAUGCCAAAUUUACUCAGCCAUCAGUCACAAGUCGUAGCUGGUUCAAAGAUUAAGCAGUUCUCUCCCUUUCUGGAUGCAAAAUGUAGUCCACAUUUGAGACUUUUUGUGUGUUCGAUGUAUGUUCCAGUUUGCACGGUUUUGCAAGAAGCUAUUCAGCCAUGUCGUUCUUUGUGUGAGAAAGCACAAAAUGGAUGUAAAAUUUUAAUGGACAAAGAAGGAUUUAAUUGGCCAGCAGCCUUUAACUGUGACAAUUUUCCCCCAAAUGGACUGUGUGUUGGAGACCAAAAUACUGACCUGGAAGAAAGAUCACAGCCAAUUUUCCAACGAAAAACGCUUGAAAACCAUUCUGGUUUCUAUAAAACUAUACCAACCAGAGGCUUGCAAUACCAACCUACAAGUACCACAGCAAAAAACUUCAAUAUACCUGAAGGUUGCCAACCAGACGAGUGGCAAUGCGUAAACAGAAGGCAAUGCAUUCCAAAAGCAGCAAGAUGUAAUGACAAUUUUGAUUGUGGAGAUCUCUCAGAUGAACUGAAUUGUAUUGUUCAAUCAUUAUGUCCAGAGGGAUUAUUUCGCUGUGGUGAUGGUCAAUGUAUAAGUCAGUCUUAUAAAUGCGAUAAGAAUAAGGAUUGCCGGGAUGGUUCUGAUGAAUCUGAUGCCCUCUGUGGGCCAGUUGAAACAGAGGUGGACCUUAUGGCAGCUGUUGGACUGCCACAUCCAAGCAAAGGAGUUACAUACGAUGUUGGACUGGAAGGUUUUCCAGCUUUUAAGUUAGACAAAUCAGCGUAUAUACGAAAAGCUGCUGAGACCUAUUUUACUGACAGAAUCGGCAAAAUAAAUGACUUUGCCAUUGGAAUUACUGUUAAAGUAUUUUCUAAAGAUGGAUUUUUAUUCGCUGUUAAAAAUAUUUAUGAAAGUGUGAUAGCUUUUGGUGUUCGGAUUACUGCUGCUGGUAAUGGGAAACAUAACGUAGUUUUAUAUUAUACAGAAGAUCACCAGUAUGGGCAAGUUUCAAAAGCUAUUGGAAAUUUUACUGUGGACAAUAUUGAUAAAGAUUCAUUUACAAAAUUAGCUAUCAAAGUUCAAGGUGACACAGUAACGUUAUUUGAUAAUUGUGAAGAAGUUGGACGUCAGCAGGUUGCAAAUCGUAGACCCUUACAGUUUAAUACAGGAUCAGGUUUAUAUAUAGGUCAAGGUGGACCGAAUUUUGAUGAUACGUCAUUUGAGGGAGUUAUACAAGAACUGAAAUACUACACCAAUCCUGCAAAAGCUGAGGAAUUAGACUGUUUAAGUUUGGACAGUGGAUCAGGAUCAGGAGGAGAGGAUGAUGUUGAUCGUGUUAGGCCAGUCAUUACUCUGCCACCACCAACAGGUAAACCAGGAGAGAAAGGAGAAAAGGGAGAUACUGGAGAACAAGGCAAAGAUGGAAAGGAUGGAAAGGAUGGUAAAGAUGGCGAAAAGGGAGAAAAGGGAGAUGUGGGACCAGUUGGUCCACCUGGUCCCCCACCAUCACUUACGCCACCACCACCAGAGCUUCUUGAAGACAUGAUGGGUGCAAAAGGUGAAAGAGGAGAAACUGGUCCAAGAGGAGAACAAGGAGAAACUGGAAUUGAAGGGUUCCCUGGUCAGAAAGGAGAACAAGGAGACCCAGGAACUAUUGGUCCAGAAGGGCCAGCUGGAAUCCAGGGUCCAAAGGGAGACAUGGGAGAUAGAGGAUUGCCAGGAAUUGGGCAAGUUGGACCUCAAGGUGACCCUGGUUUGCCUGCUUCGGUCAACACCCAGGAGAUUGUCGACAUCAUCUUAUCUCAAGUGCACAUGGAUCAAGGACAGAAAGGUGAAAAGGGGGAAACAGGACAACGAGGAGAAAACGGAAGUGAUGGAAAUGAUGGAAGGGAAGGUAUUCCUGGAAGAGACGGUUUGCCUGGACUUGCUGGAGAAAAGGGUGAAAAAGGUGACACUGUUGUUGGACCAGAGGGACCAGAGGGUCCAGUUGGAAAACCAGGUGAAAGUGGACUGCCAGGAAUUGCUGGAGUAGCAGGACCUACUGGACCAAUGGGACCUCCUGGACCUCCAGGACCUUCAGGUCCAGGUGGACUUAUAACUGAAGGUUCAGGAGAUGGAGAUGCAGAACCUGGAUUACCAGGCCCACCUGGUCCAAUGGGUCCAAUAGGGCCACAAGGAAUACAAGGUGUAGUAGGUCCAAUGGGUGUUGCUGGACCCAAGGGAGAAGCUGGAGUUAUUGGUACCCCAGGUAUUCCUGGACUCCCUGGAACACCUGGUACUCCUGGAGUUUUUGCUGGAAACCUGUCGGAAAUGAUUGGAACUCCUGGAAAAGAUGGUGCUCCUGGUCUUCAAGGAGAACCUGGUUUACCUGGUGCUAGUGGACAAAGAGGUUUUGAUGGCCCAGUAGGACCUGCUGGAGACAAAGGGGAUAAAGGAGAUUCAGGUGAGCCGGGACCUAGAGGACAAGCUGGUAUAAAUGGAGAACCUGGAGUCUCGGGACCUAUUGGUCCACAGGGACCACAGGGUUUGUCUGGAUCUGAUGGCUCUGUAGGACCUCAAGGUCUACCUGGACUCCCAGGUCCACCUGGAAAAGGUUAUGAUGGACCAAGAAGAGGAGAUACCGGUCUUGUUGAUAUUGAAGGCUCUGGAGAUUGUGGUUGUGAACCAGGCCUGCCAGGUAUACAGGGUCCAUCGGGACCAUCGGGAAAACAGGGAAUUCAGGGCCCAGCAGGUCUACCUGGAAUACCUGGUGAGAUUGGUAGACAGGGUCCAUCUGGAGAACCUGGAAUCAGAGGACCUGCAGGACCAAAGGGAGAUUCAGGUAAAGAUGGAACACAUGGCACUCCUGGAGAACAGGGAACCCCUGGAAAGCCAGGGUUGCCAGGGAGACAGGGUGACCCUGGUCUGAAUGGACAGACAGGACAAAAGGGAGACACAGGUGCACCAGGCAAAAGCAUUGAAGGACCCACAGGAGCCACUGGUUCUCCUGGUGUUCAGGGACCAGCAGGACCCCCAGGUCCACCCGGACGAACAAUUAUUGAAACAGAUGGUGGUUCAGGAGAAGUUGAUGGUAAUGGUGUUACAGGACCAGGCCAAAAGGGAGACAGAGGAGAUGCUGGUGCUACUGGACCUGCCGGACCACGAGGAAUAGAUGGUGUCCCAGGAAUACCAGGGGAACCUGGACCUGCUGGACUCCCAGGGCUUCAAGGACUACGAGGAGAAGAGGGUCUGGUUGGACUGAGAGGAGCUGAUGGUAAAGAUGGCAAAGAUGGUGAAGCUGGUCCUGAAGGACCAUCUGGACCACCAGGUGUCUCUGGAGAAAAAGGAGAACGUGGAUUACCUGGUCCAAUUGGUGUCCUGCCUCCUGGUGUAACAGGUGGUUUGGGUGAAAAGGGAGAAAAGGGUGAUAACGGAGAACCUGGACCAAUGGGACCAGAAGGCCCUCAAGGACCAGUUGGACCAAGAGGAUUUAGAGGUCCUAAAGGAGACAUUGGAAUGACUGGACUGCCUGGAUAUAGAGGACUAAGAGGAAGAAAAGGAGACCGUGGACGUCCAGGAUUUAAUGGUCUCCGUGGAUACAAGGGAGAUAGUGGUACAACUGGUCCAGCUGGACCACCAGGACUCGGAUUUGCUGGAAGUGGAGAAAUUCUGAAAGGAGCUAAGGGAGAUACUGGAGAAAGAGGAUUACCUGGUAUACCUGGCUCACCUGGUAUUGGGGCUCAAGGUCCAAGAGGAGACCAAGGAGAAGCUGGCAGAAAUGGUUUACCUGGAUUCCAAGGCCCACCUGGACCUGCUGGACCAGCUGGAACAGGAGAAGCCAUCAGAGGCCCGCCAGGACCUCCUGGUCCACCCGGACCCUCAGGUGUUGGUUCAAGUGGAGGAGGAGGAGGCGGUGCCGUGACCUACAGGAAUCGUAAUGAGUUGAUGUCAGUGGCUAGAAACCUUCCUGUCGGAACCAUGUGUUAUCUGAUACAAGAAGAGGAGGUUUAUCUCCGUGUCAACAAAGGUUUCCGUGUUAUAGAGACAAAUUUUAUAAAGCUUGGUCAAACAGUGGCAUUGCCUCCUAAAACUACUCCUGCUGCUGCUGUGAGACCCUUGCCAACAAAAGAAUCAGCUCCAAUCAUAAUUCUACCAGAAGGUGAAAUGCAAAGUGACCAGCCAAGAUUAUAUAUUUUCGCCCUGAACCAACCUUUAUCUGGAAGGAUGGGUGGAAUCCGGGGAGCAGAUGCUAAAUGUCACAGACAGGCCAAGCAAGCAGGCAAGAAAGGAACAUAUCGUGCCUUCUUAUCAACAAAAACACAAGACUUGACAUCUAUUGUAUACUAUGAUAUUGACAAGUCUGUACCGAUCGUAAAUAUGAAGGAUCAAAUAUUAUUUAAUUCCUGGAAACAACUUUUGAAUGGACAUGGUGGCUAUUUCAACACACAGAGACAUAUCUACUCCUUUAAUGGUGAAGAUAUCAUGACUAGUCCUAAAUGGCCACAGAAAAUUGUAUGGCAUGGAUCCACUUCUAAUGGAGACAAAGUAGAUGAUAUGACCUGUAACCACUGGCAUACAAGUAGUCCAAGGUCAAUGGGAUACGCCAGUUCAUUAUUGGACGGCAAACUGGUCGAUAUGAAGGAAUACAGCUGUUCAAAUAGAUUUAUUGUUUUAUGUGUAGAAAAUACUAGCCGACCAAUGAAGUAAAUGUUGCCAUAGAGACAAGAAUAGUUUGAAAGUUGUGACCUUUGGAGAGGUUAAUAAGUAGGACAUCUGUGAUAUUGGUGCCAGUUAAGAGUUUUUGUUUUGUAUUUUUUAAUUAAAUCCAAUGUAAAAAAAGGAUGAUCCCUCUGCAUAAUUAUAAGGGACCAUUUUAGACAGAUUGUUUUUAAUACCUGAACUUUUGAAUAGGCAACUAUUCCUCUUCAGCAACUUUUUGUUUAUAGAAAAAUUGAUUUAAUAAAUUUUUGGAAUUGUUUCAAUUUUUCUGAUGAGUAAAGCUGAUAUUAAUUGUUGGUAAAAAUCAAAGAUUUUUUUUAAAUAUAAUAAUUACGCUAGGACAGUGUAAAAGGAUUAGAUAUAUCCACUAUAUGGAAUUGUUAAAGAUUAUGUAAUGUUGGGAUAUUUUUAGAAUAAAAAGUUAUUUAUUAUAAAAUUUGAUUAACUUUUUGUAAAAAUGAACUUGGUUUAUUUUUGUAUUUUUUUGGUAAAAUUUAAUGAAAUUUAACUGAAUGAAUCAUGUUUUAUUUCUUACCACCAAUUUUAAAGAUAUAUUAACAGUGUUGCUUUAAUUAAUAUAUAGUGCUAAUUCAAUGUAUAAAGUUCAACCUUCACAUAAAAUGUGAAUUUUCAUCUUGUGUAUGGGUUUGUUAGGGCUCAUUUAAAAAAAAAUGGUUGAAAAGAAGGUACAAGCACAUCUAGAUUUUUCGUUUGAAGCCAUUUAAAAAUUAUAAAGGACAUUGUGGGAUUAAGAAGUGACAUAAUGCUAGUUAAUCCAGCAGAAGGUAAUUGGCAACUGAACAUCUGUUUGAUUUUAAUUUGAAUAUUUAAGAAUAAAAAAAAAUUGACUUGCAUAUUUUCAUGGGCACAAGCAAAGUUUUUUUUUUUCAAUUUUUGGAUGAAAGGAGCCCUUGAACAAACUCAUAGCCAAUCAUUAUUUAGCUUUUUGAAUAACUACAUAACAGUAUUCUUUUGUCUAUAAUAGUCAUAAAUGAUUUGAAAAAUCAAUUGUAGAUUUUUGUUUUAAACAGGUCUGGCCCAUCAAAAUGAAACAUUGAAAAUGUAUUCUCUAAUCCUUUAAUGUGCAGACUUAUUUUUCUGUGUAUAAACUUCCUUUAAGUAUGAGCACAUCCAUAUGGAAUUUGAACCUGUACUAAAAGAAAACAGAAGUCAUUUCUCUGCAGUUUAGCUAUAUUUUCAAAGUCAAAAGAUUUGUUCCACUGUUAUAUUAAAAAUAAACUUUUUUUUCAGUUUUAUUUUAAAUAUUACCAGGCCUGUUUAAUGAUGUGUAUGUGUCUGCAAGAAGUCAUGUGCUUGGUGUUUAUUCAUGUAUGCAAAUGUGCCUUAAUGUUUAUUCAUAUAUGCAAAUUACUUGAGUAAAACAAAAAUUGAUAUUUUUAUUACAAUUAUUAUGUAGAUUUAUAUAUUAGUAUACACAAGUAUGAAAUGUACAGUAUUUUCAUGAAGAUACUUCUACAAGUAUGCAAUGAUUAAUUUUUUUGUCAUUGUCUGAAUAGUCUUUAAACUAGAGAUUGGGUUUGGGUUUAGAGGCUUUCCACUUAAGAUGGAAGCAUCUGUUAAUAAAAAUUAUUUGAAAAUUUUGAAACUUAUCUGUUAUGUUUUUUUGAAAGACACAUGUACUUUUUUAAGUUUUCAAAUACAAUUGUAUUACAAAAUUACUGGAAAAGUUUUUUCUCGCUUUAGGGUACAGAACAUUCAAAGUGAAACUGAUUGGUCAUUUGUGAAAAUUUCGUGCUUUUUUCAAACCAUUGGAAAAAGGGGGUGUAAAUAGUUAAAAGGAGACCCUCCCAUUCAAACACUCGUGUAAGUUUCGCUUUGAAUAUACUGUAAUUUGUAGUGAAAUAAAGUUUAUGCAUGAAUGAGAUUAUGCUUGCUGUUUGUUUUUUUUGUUUGUAAAUAUUUGAGUUAAGAAUUUCCUGGUCCAUAGUAUUAGGAACAUAAAAAAAUUCCUUAAUGUUUUGAAUAUGACUCUCAAGCUUUUCAUUUUAGCCAAAAUUUUUGUAAGAUUUUUAAGAUGAAAAUGUUUUGAAAAAUCAAAUGAAAAAAAUCGUUGAAUAUUUUUGAAUUACAUCUAUAAGGGUGUUAGAACAGAUAAUAUUUUUUUAUGAUUCACAACACGUAUUUGAUAAAUUUUGGGUUAUGAUAAAAUUUUCAUUCAAUUUUGAUACUAGCUAUAAAAAAAAUGGUCUGACAAAACGAUAAAAAUUCUGAUCCAUGUCUCGCUAACAGUAGUGAAAUUAUGUUUUUAACUGACUUUAGGAGCAGUUGCACUAUCUAAAAGAAACUGCUAACAAAUUUGAUGAUGAAAAUAUUUAGAAUGAUUAACAGACAGAUUAUUGUUCAGUUUUUUUAAAACACACUUAAUUUCUUAUCCAUGCAUUUGGUUUGGAUUUCACAUGGUCUGUUUUAAGUAUUUUAAUUCUUUGUUGUUUUCUUGUCUUUAUGUAAAUUUGUCUGUUUGAAUUAAUUUAAAGUUUUCUAUUUAUUGGGGGAUUGUGUUGUGAGUGAGUUAUGAAAUUUGAUUUAAAAAAGGGGAAAGAAUAUUUAUUUUGAUGACAUUAGUUUUAUUAGAGCCAGAUUUUGCUACUUUUUGAUGCACCUUUACUCUUGGUCUUUUUUCCUUUUAUUUAAAAAGCACAUGUUACACACAGUUAUAUUUGACCUUGGAUUUUAAAUUCACACAAGUAAUUAACAAUGUGAUGUGCAUGGAUAUUAUUUUAUAUGCUCUUUUAAGUAGGGAUUAAAUGUGUUAACAUAAGUUCAUUUAAUGACUUUAAGGGUAAAAAUAUGAAAAAAAUGCAAAUCUUCAGUAUUUUAUAAGACCAAAUUAUGAGAAAAUACGAUGCAGUAUAUAUGUAUUGAUAUAUAUUUAGUAGGAUAUUUUUUUUCAAUAUUUUUUAUCAUCAAUUACAUUCAAAAUCUUCAUUUUAUCCAGCUGUAUAAUAAUGCUAUUUUAUUCAUAAAAUGUAAUCAUCAUUUUAUUAAUUUUUAAUAUGAAUAUUCAUUUUCUUGUUGUAUUGCAUAUUAGGAUGUGCUACUCUUGUUUCAUUUUGAAUCUCAUAAGAAUUUACGGUGAAAAUCAUUUUUUUAUAGUUGACAUUUUUCUGGCAGUUGGUAUAACUGUUUACAUAAUUGAUAAUUCUUUGUUGUGUGUUUGGCUUUUAUGAUAUCACAAAAAAGUACAAAACGUUGGUUCAAGUAAAUGAAAGAGUUUAAAAAGAUUUAAACUGUACAGCUGAACUAUUAAUGGAAUCAACGUUCAUGGGAGAAACUCACAAAUCCCAUUGUUUACCUUAUAUGGGACAAAACCACUGCCUGUAAAAUUGAUGAAACCUAGAAAUUACUCAAUGAAAUUUACCUUUAAAAUUCAACUCAUUAGUCAAAUGUCUUAUAUUAUUGACUUUUUUUAUGAUUCAUAUUUGAAUUGCCCAAAAAAUUGGCAACUUUUUUAUGAUUGGCAAAAACUGGUACUUUGAGAUAAUUGACAAUUUCAUCAUGUUUUUUGGGUGUAAACUCUAAUGAUUGUAUUCAGUUGUAUGGUGUGAAAAUUUCAAAUGGAUCAUAUUUGCCAAAGUUACAUUCAAACUUUUGAAUUCAACCAAACUUUGCCUCUCUUAUUGCUGUUCAUAGUUUUCAAUUUAUACUAAUACAUAAAUGGUUUUCACUGUUUUGAUAAUUAAUUUUCUACAAAUUAUUGAAAUCCAUUUUUUUUUGUCUGAUCUGCUCUUGCUUCUUUUUCUUAAAAUCUUUUAGAAUAGAUCUGAAAAUUUUAGAAUUUGCUUAUAUACAUAUUUUUAAAACCUUCUUAUAUUAUUGAAUUUGUUUUCUAGUUUCCAGUACAAUUAUUUUUAAGAAAAUUCUGUACGAAACUUUUUUACUUUUAACUUUAACUACAUAUUAUAUUGUAGACUAAUCUUUACACCAAAUCUUUUAAGUCUUUAUGCCAAAUCUUUUAUCCUUUACACCAAUAAUUUUUAAAAAGAAUUUAAUGUUUUAAAUCUUUACACCAAAACCUAUUAAGAAGAAUUUGAUAUUUUGUAGUAUUUUUGUAUUUUUAUAGAAUGUGGCAUAAAUCAAAGCAUGUCUUUAUAUAUCUGUUUUCAAUUUGAAAAACGAAGCAGGUUUUGAAUGGGAAAAGUUUUAGUGUGAUAUUAGAUGAAGUCUGGUAUUCCAAAGUGUUUAAGGGACUUUCUCAAAAGUCUAUAAUUUCAAGAUCUGCAUGUAUGAUACUCCAUGUUAAAAAAUACCAUUGAAACUUUACCUAAUUACAAAUUUACAUGAAUAGUAUUGUAUAAUUUUCCACAUGUUUUCUCAGAAAGAGAUCAACUUAAUUUCUAUUCCACAUAAUCGAUUAUCAUUGGCCAACAGAACAUUAAACUAGACAGACAAAUUAUACAUUUACUGUAUACAAUAGAAGCUAAAAAUGUAAUGUACAUAAAUUGAAGCUGUUAAAGGUAUUUUGAAGAAUUGGUAUACCAUGGUGUGACAGUAGUUGGAUUUUUUGUACUUUGCAUUUAAAAUUAACUGUACAAGUGUACUAGGAGUUUGAAUAUACUAUCAAAAGUUCAUUAUUCAUAAAAAAAUUGUCUUGUAAAAUUUUAGGUGUGACAUUAGUUACGAAAGAAAGCUAGAAAAAAAUUUAUUUGUCAAAUUUUUAAUGGACGUUAUAUAUAUCUCAAUUUGAAAUGGGCCAUGAAGGACAAUAAAAACUUGUCUUAUUUCUCAAAAAAUGAAGUAAAAUAGAAUUUAGUGGAUAUUUAAUAAGAUAAUGAACUUUCAAUGGUAUUUUUAAGCACCUAGUAACAGUUGAAAAAGUUGUAUGUCACAUGUUAUUUGACUGUUUUUAAUCAUGUGUACAGUUUGCAUUGAUUAUGUGAGAUCUAGCAGUUUCCUUGUAUGAUUAGUACUUGCAAAAGAUUUUAAAAAUUUCCAGAAUUCUACACAUUCCUGGUUAUAAAAAUUAGUUGGUACUUGAGAUAUUUCUAACAGUAAAAUGACUGAAUAAUACCAAGAUAGAUCAAGAAAAGAAUAUUAUUUAACAUCUGAAAUAUUACCCAGAAUGCAUUAGAUUCUGUAAUGGUGAAUUUAAAAAUUUAUAACCAUAGCAGUGUUAUACUGUAUAAAUACUUUUAUUCUACAUAUUCUUUUUUUAAAUACUUUGGUAUAAUUUAAUCAUGUUCACAUUAAAUGUAAUUGUACUGUAAUAAUUCAGAAUUACUGAACAUGUUCUGUAAUCUAUAUAACUUUGAUUACAUUAAUUCGUGCAGUAUGAUUUUUUCCUGCUAUUCUGUAACCAUUGUAACUGAGCUAAAUAAAAAAAUUAUUAGUAAAAGCUGUAUGAUUACUUUAAUCUUCCAGAAUGAUUACUUCCCUUGAACUGUUAUCAUAUUGGUUGAGUAUAGUAAUCAUGUAGUAUGAUUACAUUUAUCAUGCUGUAAUCAUUACGUAAUCUGCUGAAUGAAAAUGUAAUAAUCAUCGCUGUAUAUGUGGAUGUUGAUAACAUUCUAAGAGCUUCUUAUUGUUUGCAAUAAACCAAAGUGUUAAACAA